AUGAAGCGCAAGUAUUAUGGCUUCCAUCGGAGCACAAUUUACAAGCGAAUUGCGCGUGAGAAGAAGGCAUAUUAUGCGCGGAUGGCUGAUCCCUCCGUUCCCUCUACGUCAUCGGUCGUAGACCAACCACCGGAAAUAGAAAUGCCCGAACUAGUCCCAGAAGUUUGCACUGGUAGUCAUCUUACUAUGUUACUCAAUAUCAAAUUUAGAGCCAGUAGACAUAAGCGAGGACGCGGUCGCAGACAAAUGCUUUCUGGCGGAUUUACGGGAAUUCUGCUUGGAGGCCCAAAUGCCACUAUCCACAACAAAGAAGUUGUUUCGGAUGCUGCGGCCCUACCACCCAGAAGUGCCUAAAGACCCAAGGACGCUAUUGCAAACGCCUCGGACCUGCAUUAGCAAGCCCCUGAACAAAGGCAACUAUGUUCAUUUAGGUCUUGAACGUGGUCUGCUGGAUAAACUGCACAGUCUGCCCGAAACAAGCGUUCCUGAAAUGCGCAUCCAACUGCAUAUCGACGGAAUGAAGAUUUUCAAGGGUUCUAAUCAAGGCCUGUGGCCGAUUCUUGCCCGUGUUCGCCAUCCAGUUGUUGGUCAGCCCUUCAUUGUUGGAGUGUUCUCCGGUCCCGGCAAACCCGAUCCGUUGGAUGACUUCCUGGGCGACUGUGUUGGCGAGCUGAAAGACCUCCUGGCCAGUGGUCUGCACAUUCCACAUACGCAAAAUAGCGUAAAGGUGAUCUUAGACAAUGUUAUCUGCGACACCCCUGCCCGAUGUUUUGUGCGGCAAGUUAAAGCUCACAAUGGCUAUUACGGGUGUGACAGGUAUGUUGUUUCGUACCUUUAACUAUAACCACCGCAGGUGUUCCCAUAUGGGCAAACGUAUUGCAAACCGCAUGACGUUUCCAGUAUGCAGUGGGCGUCUGCGUGACGACAGGUCAUUCAGGUUGCGAAGACAGAAACCGCACCACCAGGGCAGGUCUCCGUUCGAGGAUUUGCCCGUCGAUAUGGUGACCUCCUUCCCACUCGAUUAUAUGCACCUGGUUUGCCUGGGCGUCAUGCGGAAGUUACUGCAUAUUUGGCGUCUGGGCUCCAGCAGGCACUCUGACUCAUUGAAUGAGUCUAUUAAGAUGUGCAGCCAAAAUUUGCCGGCCGAGUUUUCGCGUAAAUGCAGAACACUCGAUUGUCUAGAGUUUUGGAAGACUGCCGAAUACAGGCAAUUCCUACUGUACAUAGGCCCCGUCGUUUUGUCCUCCGCCUUAAGCGAAGCCCGGUACCAACACUUUUUACAGUUUUCCCUCGCAGCGCACAUAUUUUGCCAUCCCAUAUUGCAUGUAUCUUGCGGAGAAUACGGCCGACUUCUGUUAAAUCGCUUUGUUGUUAAUUUCCCCACCUUGUAUAGUCCCUCCGAUAUUAUUUACAAUGUCCAUUGUCUGCUUCACCUGUAUGACGAUGUGUCUCGGUUUGGAGUGUUGGAUAAUUUCUCGGCAUUUCCUUUCGAGUCCUUUUUGCAAAGUGUCCGCAGCAGUAUAAAAGGGCAUACUAACGUAGCCGCGCAGGUUUUCAAGCGCUUUUCUGAAAGACGCUUGCCUGAGUUACCAACAUGCCCAAUGCUGUUAGACGACGACGAGGGAGUAGCACGGGCAUUUAAACUGCCUCGCGGAUCCACCGCAAUUUUCCAUAGAGACUUUGUUUCGUCAAAUAAACAGCCCGAUAAUGUGGUACUUAUCGGAAAUAGACCGUGCCUGCUGACAUCAGUGUCGGAUACCGGCAUAACUUACGGCCCGUUCCUUGACUGUGAGGACCUUUUUACAACAUCCCUUCCCUCAUCCUCCUUGUAUAUGUUUAAAGCCUCCCGUUUGUCAGACAUUCCUUCAACUGCUGCCCUCUCAGACAUCAUUUGUAAAUAUGUCCCCUUUGAUCUUGACGGUCGUUUUUUUCUAAUUCCGUUACUGCACACUGUGCGUGCGCGGUGACUCUUGUUUACAUUGUUCAUUUGAUAUAAAUUUCCCUGUAGAUGUAUUCGGUUGUCGAAUUCAUAAAUGACAAGACUGUAGCCGUGGUGGCUGCAGCCUGGUUUUACGACGUGGGCAGCGUUAUGUGGCCUAAGAACCACAAAGAGCAGGCCGUCCUGCUGAAUAAUAACAGGCGGCCACCAGACGGCACCAAGGUGUACGCUGUUCGGCUACUAAAAAGUAACCUGACACUGCUGAAGGCCAGACAGCUGGUCCGGAAAGCAGAGCUGUCGGACAAUCUUUCUAGCUCUGAGCCGGGAGAAUUAGGCAGAGGGAUGAGGAGAAAGUACAUGUCCCAUACUGUUAAUAUUUCUUUGCAGGUAUGUCCGCAGGCAGACGUCGGACUCAGACGAUGAUGACGAACCACUUUAUCGUCCGAGACAGCUACUUGGUUGGCCAACACCACCACGAAUAUUACAGUAAGCAUAAUUAUCGUUAAUUAUUCGUACACCAAGAAUGGACGAACAGAUGCCCCACCUCUUCUCUCAGUCGAGUCACCCUACGCCAUCGACUUCAUAUCGGUAACUGCCUGUUAUUAAUUAUUACCGAAGGCUGUCUAGGGAAAUGCCGGCACCUGCGCCAGUGCCUGCUACCGAACCUGCAUGUAGCCAUCAGGCGCAGAGUGACACGAAUGACGUAAACUUUCGGUUAGCGUCCCUCGAGUAAGACUGUUGACAAUCGUAUUGACAAUCUAUUAGAAACAAAGUCGAUUUCCUGGCCGAGCAAAUGGUUGCCCUCAACAACAGUGUGCGGCAACUGCAGGCAACAAUGACUGAUGCUGUCAGUGCAUUAGAGAGGGGUGCCACUGCUGCCGACGUCGGGCCCUCUCGUCUGCAUUUGCCACUGUGCACAGCCGAAGCCUACGAAGACUUCGUUCGUCGGCUAACUACUGAGGCGGAAUUGGCAGACAAGGCGGUAUGUGUAUAUUUGUUUGACUGUUCUCAGAUCAGACAGCUGGCCGUGGUGGGAGGGCGGAGUGAAAAAGACUUUGUAAGAAAUCGUCUGGCUGCUCUCAUUGGUCCGCCGCUUUGUUACACCUUCUGCUGGAGGGGCGGAUCCAAGGAGAAGCGGUCGUUCCUUGCCUGUCCGUUAUUUAGCAUCGGCAACGGUAGGUCUACUUUUUGCUCAUUGGCACAUACAGAUGCCAUCGGCCAAAACCCCCGUUUUAGCAACUGCAACAGGGAGGUACUUCGACUUACGGCCAUUAAUUGGUUCCAUGGGUCGAAGGACCGUCAUGGAGGACGAUCGAGACGCAGGCGCAAUAUUCACACAGUACGACAUUUUGCUUUGAAUUACUGCCUAAAUGUGUUCAGUUUCAAGGAGUCCCCACUGAUGACCUCGCAUGCCCACAACUCUCCCCUCCGAAGCACACGUAAGUUAACUGAAAAAGACUGCUAUUAACACACUUUAUGUUAUUUCCCUCUUUUCAAUAAUUAUAAUGAUAGUAUGUAUUUCGGAAGUAUGUAUACAUACUAGUAUGUAUGAAUUAACAGUGUACUUUGCAAUAGUAAUUAUUAUAUUUUAAUAACUAUUGCAAAGUACAUUGUUAAUUAACUGGAUGAUGUCUGCUUGAGGUCUGACGUUCGCAGAAGUAGUAAAUCCGCCUACCUAUCUCUUGAGUUCGAAAAGUGAGACCUAGCUCAUUUUACCCGGCCCUCGUUGACCGGUUUGGGGUCUGCGUCGGACCCGCAUUUUACUGUGAUCAGUGUCGCGCCCGCCCUGGUUGACUGCGUAGAUAAUAAGCGUCCCUAAUUACUUCGCGCCGUCGCUGCCUCUUGUCAAAUUGGUUCGUAAAACCGAAUACGGGCAAAUAAAUGAAUUUGGCAUAGGACAUCCGGGCUUCUCUGCAUCAGCCCUGAGGUAAAUUAGGGUCAUGUACAUAGAACUAUGUGCGUGAAUUUCCAGUGCCUGGGGACGGGCAGACGAAUUCACUACUCAGAACGCCGGACCCGCAUCUAACCUGCACCGAAGGAAGCCUCCUUAUGAUACGCCACCUAGGAAUUGCAUUUCUCCUACUAUUGACAUUAUUGAUUAGUUCAAUGACAAAAGCAUUUCCCAUGUUUUACCACAGUUCUUUUUUUACAGGAACCGCCCAUAACCAGUGGAGGCCCUUUAAUAUCCAUUGGAGAACUGCAUCCCCGCCUGUAUUUUUCGUACCGAUUUCUCAUUUGUAAAUACUCAAUAAACCGUCGUUUCUAACCAUUGGCUGUCCACUUUCCUAUGUCGUGGGAUAGAGUGAACGCUAACUAGGUUGUCGGUUGUGCACUUACGCGGGGUGUUUACCGCUGAUUUGCUUUAGCCGAAGCUGACAUGUAAUCGUGCUGCGAUAGCCGACUGUUUAGAAUGAGUGCACUCGCGAGUAAAAAACGGAAGUCAUUAAAGGGCGGGGAACGAAUGGAGAAUGGGGAGAUCCUAUCGGUUGUCCGGUUGUGCACUUACGCGGGGUGUUGACCAUUAAUGGUCAAUCAAUUGAUUUGCUUUAGCCGAGGCUACGAGGAUCCAGUGACACAUGUGAUCUUACAGCGACAGCCGCUAGUCUAGAAUGAGUGCACUCGCGAGUAAAAACGGAGGCCAUAAAAGCGUGGGGGACGAAUGGAGAAUGGGGGGCGCCGCCACGCAUUUUUUUUUUCGGAUGGUGUGGCCAGACCUGGCUGUGGUGUCGAAGGCCACACCUUAGCCACGCCAAAUAGCCACGUUUGGCCGAGUCGUAGCCACGUCUCGCCGCGGCGGCAAGGCGUGGCCAGCCGCGGCUGGUGCUGGCAGCACUUGGCCCCCUCUUGAAACGGGGCCAAGAAGGGGCUAUGAGGGGGCCAGCCCCCUCGAAGUUUUCUCAUCGGUAAUGCAGCAUUAACAGGCAUUAAUCCGUGAAUAAGCGUGCAUUUUUCGGUUUAAAUAUACUUUUUUAAUAGCAAAAAGUGCUUUUGGACCUCGGUAGUUGUGCUUUUUACAUAUCUGGGCAAUCCUGAUAUAAAGCUGUUAAUUGUUUAAGUGUGUCACUUUGCGGCACUUAUCUCUCACGUGAGCUGCGUUCCUCUCGUCGUGAGUUCUAAUACUGUCUACUGUGGUAUACGUGCAUACGUUACUGUGGUAUGUUACGAACUGUGCUUUUGCUGUCUUUUAUGAUAUUUUGUUACUUUUGACCUGUAAAUUUGUAUUAUCAUUGAAUAAUUGCCAGUUGAUUUAUUCGAUAUCAAUGAGAUAUCCGUUCUAGCAGAGUCAUCUGAAAAGCUGCUGGGGCGGAGCAAGAGAUAAGCAGGCAUUCGUCGGCAGCCCCCUAUAUGGCCUUGUUAUUGGUAGGAUAUUUAUUUUUAAGAUUACUUGUUCAGCUGCAAUUCGUGA